GUCAGCUGGCAGCCUGGGCUGAGCUCGCGGCUCCGGACAUAGCGCCGAGAAAAAUGCUGCUCUCCGUACCGCCAAGGGCAGGAAUCAACCCAUACAACGGCUAUAACAGCAGAAACAGCAAAAAGCAGGCCUAUGUGUCCUCCGGCCACCAGAUGGCGCCCCCCAGUCCCAACAUCAACAGUAGUAGCAACAGCAGCAGUGGGGGAGGGGAACAGCUAAGUAAAACUAACCUGUAUAUUCGUGGCCUACAUCCCGGGACCACGGACCAAGACCUGGUCAAGCUCUGCCAGCCGUAUGGCAAGAUUGUGUCAACUAAGGCCAUCUUGGAUAAAACUACCAAUAAAUGCAAAGGCUAUGGCUUUGUGGACUUUGACAGUCCAGCGGCAGCACAGAAAGCUGUUACAGCCCUUAAGUCCAGCGGGGUCCAGGCUCAGAUGGCUAAACAACAAGAGCAGGACCCCACCAACCUCUACAUCUCUAACCUGCCAGUAUCUAUGGAUGAGCAAGAGCUAGAGAGCAUGCUCAAGUCCUUUGGCCAGGUCAUCUCCACACGUAUCCUGCGAGAUGCAAAUGGGACCAGCCGUGGUGUGGGAUUUGCCAGGAUGGAGUCCACUGAGAAGUGUGAGGCUAUAAUUCAACAUUUUAAUGGCAAAUUCAUCAAGACUCCACCAGGAGUGCCUGUGCCCACAGAGCCCUUAUUAUGUAAGUUUGCAGACGGCGGUCAGAAGAAGAGGCAGAACCAGGGCAAGUACCUGCAGAAUGGUAGGCCCUGGGCUAGAGAUAGUGAUACGGGAGGAAUGACGCUGGCGUAUGACCCCACAGCCUUACAAAAUGGCUUCUACUCCUCGCCCUACAGUCUGGCACCAAACCGAAUGAUCGCUCAGACUUCACUCUCACCCUACAUGCAUUCUCCUGUCUCCUCCUACCAGGUACACAGCCCGUCCUGGAUGCACCAUCAGUCAUACCUCAUGCAGCCAGCUGGUACAGUUCUAACCCCAACCAUGGAACAUGCCAUGUCCAUCCAGCCCACGUCCAUGAUGGGACCUCUCACCCAGCAGCUAAGCCACCUUUCCCUGGGCAGCACGGGCACAUAUAUUCCGGCCAACACAUCUAUGCAGGGGACCUUCCUUCCCCAGUACACCCCAGUGCCUCCUUCCAGUGUCCCAGUUGAGGAGAAUGGUGGUCAACAGCAACAGGUUUCCAUGGAGACCACAGCUGAACACACAAACUACUCAUACCAACACAACAAGUGAAACAAAGCUUCCAGCGGGAUGGGGCCGAGGAGACGAGAUGAAUCCAACCAAAGAGGAUUCAGCUAAAAGACAACUGUGCUCCAUCAGCAAGCACCGGGACUUUAACAUGGAUAAGAAAAGGAACAUGUGUGUGUGUGUGUGUAUGUGUGUUUGUGGGUGUGUGUUUGUGUGUAUGUCUGUAUUUUUAUUUUUUUUUUAAGAAAAAGGACAACCCUCACACUAUUGGACUAUCCUGCUCACAUCCUCAAGAGUUUAUCAACCAAAGGUUGGAAAUCUUCCUCACAGAGGCUAAGAUCUAUUUUGCUUACUGAAAAAGGAACAUAACAAGAAGCUGAAAAAAAUUGGAAGAAAGGAGGAAAGACACAGAGCAUUAUUUUUGUGCACCUAAUGUAACAGAUUCUUAUUUUUAAAAAAGCAUUCUGGAUGUUUCAGGGUGAUUCAAGGAAGAGUUGAAACACAAUGUGUCUUUUAUUUUUUUGUAAAAUAUGCAACUUUUGAUGUUUUAUUUCCUGAUGUCUGUUGUUUGAUGUUCUAUUUGCAGCAGCGGGGACAACAAUUUGUACAGAUUUCAGAACUUAGACAUUUUGUUGGUCUGAUGAGCGGAGUCAUUAACCGUUUAAAGCUACUUCUUCCUGUAAGUGCUGCAGAGAUUUCUACUCAUGCACAGAAAAUAUGAACUUUGUUUAUAGUUUAGACAGUUUUUUUUUUUUUUUUUUUUACUUUCAACCAUUCUUCCAUAUGUGAACAAAAGACAAUCAAUUAUUUCUAUUUAUAUUGAAUUAUAGUUCUAUUUUUUAGAGUUUUUAGAUCAUUCAAACAUACCUUUAUAGAAAAGAAGUUAUUUAAUACUGAAGUCGUUAAAGACAAGAUGAAAUGGACUCUAAUGGAUUUAUACCUAACAUCUUAUAUUGGCUCAUGAAAUCACAUCAAAAUGUCCUUAGAAAGAAACCUAUUCAUGCUUAAAAGUGUUCUGGGUUUUUUUUAAAGUACCUCUUAGUUACGUCCGUGUCCAUGAGAAGUGGUUUUAAGCGGUUUUAUUGUGGCAAACCUUCAGGUAUCAUCAAAUUCAUCCUCUGCUGAAGGAAUGAAGACAACCUGCUUCAGAUUUGAUUUGUUACUGAGAGAUUAUGUGUACAAAGAGCAAUGCAGUUACUAAGUUAAGAUGUAGUUUAGUAAAGCAAUGAGGGAAAUCAAAUCGAGGACUAACACCAUCCCUAAGAAUAAUUUGUUUGAAAGGAAAGGGAGCUGUAAGUCUUUUUUUAUGCUGCUGUUGUCACCUGAGUUUGAUUUUCUGUCUGAUUUUUAGUUUUUAGAAAGUUCAAUGUUCUGUCUUCUCUUUUGUCUGUCACUUGAAAACUUUUCAAGCUAAUUUGCCUUAUUUUUGAUGAAUUUAUCUUUGAAGUAGAUUGGAUUUUAGCUUUUAGAACUAGCUUUUUAUAGAGUAGAUGGUAGUUUUUUUUUUUUUCUCCACCUGGGGAUUGACGCCGUUUUUCUUGUGCACAUUGAUUUUUCUCUUGUUUUGUUUUCACACAAAUUUCUGUUCUAAACCUCAUGUCCUCUGUCUUCAUGUUGUGUCGGGCCUGUUUGUAGAAAGCCUUUAGAAGUGGAACCAAACAAUGACUUUGUUGAAGAUUCUAACUGGUGCUGCAUCUGUAUUGUGUGGCUCAGAGAGGCUUUGUAUGAAAAGUCCGAGUAGGUUCUGACAAGUCCAUCCAAAUAUGUUGAUCUUUAAUUUAUACAGACAUCAUAAACUGUAGAUAUGUAGAUACUAGAAAUCGUGGUUUUCCUAAAGGACUGCUCACUAGACCAUGGAAGUGCCAUUAAAGACGAUUCUUAUUGCCUUUAGUGAGACAGCUCGUCUGAAUGACUUGUGAGUGAUCCAAGUUUCUGCAAAAACGAUUUGAAGCGAAGCCUUAAUGUUUUCUCUUUGGAUUAACUGCCUCAUGUCUCAUAGGAUUGACAGUUGGUUGUAAAUACUAUCAAAAUGACAGCAGGCUUGUUUGAAUGCGAUCAGGUUGGUAAUCAUGUCAGUCAAGUUAGCUGUAAGGUUGCAAGGUGCUUUUCCUUCCUGCUCCUCAACCAUCCAUAUUUAAAAUCCAGUGAAAAAACACCAGAGUGUGAUGACGUCUUUCAAAGCUCGCAGUUUGAUGAUUCUGUUUUUGUCUUCAUGUUUUUCUUCACGUUUUGCUGAAUUUCUACUCAUUUCCACAACCAAAGAUGUUGUCACCACCCAUCAUUUUAAGCUCUCUGUCACUGAAUAAAACACUUCUGGUUCUGAUGAAUGGUAACAUGCACUACCUUGUCCAAAUUAUUAGAACAGUUGAAGUUUUUUUCAAAAUAGGGGCACUGCUCUGAGAAGUACAACAAGGAACACCUCAACUUUCCUUAUAUAUACUAUAACUGUUCAUUUAAGUGCAUGUUGACACUCACCAUGAACUUUUCCUCGAGGAAUACACACCAGUUUCAGACAUGAGAGCUAACUCUGUAAAUAGUCUUUCUUUUCACUUCUUUUGUUUCUUCUUCUGUGUUUUGUGAUCUUUUUUUAUGAUUUAUGACCUGUCCAGAAAACACAGCGAUAAGCAAGUUGUUCAGAUUCAGUGCACCAUGAAGGAAAAUGUCAUGGAUAUUGUUUAUAUGCUUAGAGAAAUGAUAUUCCAUGUAUUAGCCAUCACUUUUAAUACAAAAAACGGUUUUUGAAACUAUGAAAUGACCACUUGUUACAACUUCGUGUCUAUUUAUUUUUUCUUUUUAACAAAGAGAUUAUUUUAAAGCAAAUUUGAGGCUACAAAAAAAGCAUUAAAAAAAUUUUUGAAUCCUAAAAUCUGAUAAAAAUUUUAGGACUGCUUGGAUCAAUGGUGUGCAUGUAGACAGCACACAAAAUCUGAAGAAAAAAAAAAAAAGCUUGCACUUAUUUUUUCAGUCCACAUCAAUUCGAUAUGCCUUUUUGUCAGUAAUAUCCAUUUAAUGGCUUAUUUCAUAGAUUCAAAAUGUUUUGCUGCUAAAACAGGAUUUCCAAGCCGGUGCUUAGAUGAUUCCUAGUCUGGAUUUUUAAAAUGUGCCUGUCUAUUUUAAUUGGGUGAUGACAGAGAAUCCAUUAGUUGUAUGUUUGUGAUAAAGGCAUCAUGAUAUAGAUAAUACACAGAAUAGUAGGUUCCCUAUCAUUUUGCUAAGUGGCAGAUUAAAUGGCUCAUGUGAACAAUCAAAAAUGUUGUCUAAAGACGGCAUUUUUGAACAUGGAAUUUUCAUAAAAAUAGCCUCACUGUAUCAAUAAUGUUUUUGUGAACCCCAAACAUUUUGGAAAUCCUCCAGGCUCAUCUCACUCCCUGCUUGUGAACAGUUUUCUUAUUUAUACAACGACUCAUUUUGUACAGUUUUGUUAGAGGAAAGAGGUUUUGAUAUUUGGUUAUUUUGCAAAGCCACUUGGCUACUUUUGUCUUCCUGUGCCAGAGAUGCUAAACUGUCUGUAACUUGUGUUUUUUUAUUGAUUGAGAUAAGAUUUUCUUUCUUUCUUGGUUUUCUCUUUGAAUUUGAAU